GUUCUCCCUGGCAUAACGACUUAUCUUUCAGUUUGCUUGCAUCGCUUCAAUCGAAAUGUACUGGGUUUUGCUGUUAGGAUACCUCUUUUUAGGAAAUCAUCAAGUAAAUGCACAGUUUCUGGAGCCAAACUGCGGAUAUAUGUCUCCGGAGGCCCUGCAGAACGAAGGCCACCAAGCACACAUUUCGGAAAGCCCUUGGAUGGCUUACUUGCACGACUCCGGAAAGUUUGUGUGUGGCGGCUCGCUUAUAAACCAUCGAUUCAUCCUGACAGCCGCACAUUGCAUAAACAACGAAGAGAAUUUAACAGUGCGAUUGGGGGAGUUCGAUAGCUUAACCAGCCUCGACUGUAGCGGUUCCGAUUGCAUACCACCCUCUGAGGAGUUCGAGAUCAACUUGGCCAUUCGUCAUAGUGACUACUCGAGAACCAAUCGCUAUCAUGACAUUGGGUUACUCCGUUUGGCCAAGUCGGUAGAGUAUAAAGUACACAUCAAACCGAUUUGCCUGAUCACAAAUACUGCCCUUCAGCCACGAAUUGAGCGCCUCCAAAGAUUGGUUGCCACAGGAUGGGGAAGCGGCUUGUCCGGAUCUCCGAGCCACACUCUGAAAUCCAUUCGAGUUACUCGAGUGGAUAGAAGUGAGUGCCGCAGGAGGUACCUGGUCAAUUGUCGCAGGGAUCAGAUCUGCGUGAGCCACGAGUCCGGAGAGUCCUGUAGCGGCGACUCCGGAGGACCCAUGGGUCAUGCGUUUCUGUAUGACAAUCAAGUGGUCUUCGUUCAGGUCGGAAUUGUCAGUUAUGGCAACCCAGAGUGCCACAGUCCUAGUGUUUUCACGGAUGUAAUGCGUCAUGUAGCUUGGAUCAAGUGGGUUGUUGACCGCCACAUCGAAUAAUCAAGACAAAAACAUUUGCUUUAUAAUGAUAAUUUUAAAAUAAGCGCCAAAACUAUUACCUACAUUUUAGAACUAGUAAAUAUCUGCAAAUCUUUAU